AUGAAGGAUUUGGGAUCACUUUCGUAUUUCUUGGGUAUUCAGGUGACAAGGACGGGUGAUCAUAUGUUUUUAUCUCAACAGGCGUACGUUAAUGAUAUAAUUCAUCGGGCGUCUAUGGACUCGUGCAAAUCGGUGGCUACUCCAGUUGACACACAGUCAAAGUUAUUUGCUGCCUCUGGCCCGUUAUACGAAGACCCGACUACCUACCGUAGUCUUGCCGGUGCCCUUCAGUAUCUCACUUUUACUAGACCAGACAUAUCUUAUGCGGUUCAGCAGAUCUGCAUGCAUAUGCAUGCUCCUACGAUUGAUCACUGGAAUGCACUGAAGCGCAUCAUACGCUAUCUUCAAGGCACAUCGGCUUAUGGUCUUCAUCUAGGACCCGUUCCUGAUUUACGUCUGGUGGCUAAUACUGACGCUGAUUGGGCUGGAUGCCCGGACACGCGUCGUUCGACUUCAGGUUAUUGUGUUUACUUGGGCGAAAAUCUCAUUUCAUGGUCUUCUAAGCGUCAACCGACAAUUUCUUGUUCCAGUGCUGUGCUGAGGCCGAAUAUCGAGCUGUUGCAAAUGUGGUUGCUGAUAUUUGUUGGUUGCGUGAGAGCUGGUGGUGGCGGAGAUCGGCGGCAGGUGGGCGGUGUUGGUGGCGGCCGGAAAUUAUGUUUACCUUGGAGAGAGAACGAAGAUAAGAUGGGUGUGUGUAUUUAG